AUGUCUAACCUCGAUCUUCUUAACGCUGCGCUUUCGGCUGUAAUGACGGGUCAAAAAUUUGUUUCAGAAAAAGGACUUAGCAAUUCUACCGUCGAUAUGCAUAAAUUUCAUCAAUUUAAUCUUGUUGGAGACCAAAUAGAUGAAAAUUUUGACAAUUUCCAAAGGCCAAAAAAUGGUAUUUUGUUGCGCGUAAAGACACUUACUGGUAAAUGUAUUAUAAUAGAAGUUGGAACUCAUGCUACCAUCAAUGAAGUAAAACAAAAAAUACAAGAUAAAGAUGCUACUUCACCAGACCAACAACGCUUAAUUUGGAACGGCAGACAAUUAGAAGACGGUAGAACUGUAUCAGACUAUAAAAUUGAUCAUGGAUCUACUCUACACCUGGUUUUGCGUCUUCGCGGUGGAGGUAUUAUUAUAAAUUACCUAGACCCUGACACCUUGGAUUCGCGUUAUGAUUACGAUUUUACAAAUAUUAAUGAUAAUGGGAAAAAACACUUUCGUGGAGGGAUUGAAUAUCGAAGACCAUGUGGAUGGAAACGCUUUGCCUUAAAAGUUGUCGGAAAGUAUGAUGAUGGGGAUGAUAGAUGGCUCGGAACCGGUCAUAAUUCUUGGCCAGUAUCGUAUCAUGGUACUGCAAAGCAAAAUGCGAGAUCAAUUGCAGACGAUGGCUAUCUGUUAAGUAAGGGAAGGCGCUUUACUUUCGGUCGUGGUAUUUAUUCAACACCUGAUUUGAAUGUGGCUGAAAAGUAUGCGCCAGAAUUUGAAUUUGAAGAGAAGAAAUAUAUUAUGGUGUUCCAGAACAGAGUGAGCCCAUCGGAUUUAGUGAAAAUUGAGAGUCAGAAAACUGGUCUUGGCGAAUAUUGGAUUUCCCCACGAGAAAGAGACGUCCGGCCAUAUGGAAUAUGCAUUAAAAGAAAGUAA